AUUUAAUAUUCACUAUGCUUAACAUUUAUAAAUUUAUAUUGUAAUUCUGAAUUUUCAAAUAUGUAAAUAUGUAAAUAUAAGUAACAGAUUUGAUUAAAUUUUUUAUUAUUCUUAAACAAUUAAGCAAUUAGAAUUCUAGUGAAAAAUAUUUUUCAUGAAUAUGUAAAUAAACUUAUAAAAAUGUUAUCAAUUAACAUUAAAUUCUCAAUUAUAUACACAGAUGGAGCUGUUAGAUAUUUUGCAUAGGUGCGCAUGACUUUAAAAAAAUUGUUUUCAAUAUUCAAAAUAUAAAAGUCAUAUUGUUAUAAUAUAACAAUUAUAUUAUUGUUUAUUAAAAAAAUUAUUAGAAAACAUUCAUAUUUAUUCAAAGAUAAUAUAAAUCAAACACUAUAAUCAAAUAUAACAUAAAAGAGAUUAAUAUUGUCAUCAAAUAAAUAUUUUCUUAUGUUUUUUUUUAAAUAAUUGAUUUCUGCUUUUGUUUAAUUAUUUUUCAUAUUUAUAUAUAAAAAAAAAAUGUUUCCUAUUCAAAACUGUUCUUAGCUUCAUUAAUAAAAAGAGAUUGAAUCAAUUCUAACCGAUAAUAAAGAAAUAAAAGCAAAACCUUUAACUAUCUAGUCGACCUUCUUUACGCAAUUUCAUUGAUCCCGUUCUAGCGACACGAUCUUUGUCAACGUGUAAGGUCGAAUGGUGCGCGAUACGGAACACGGGCACUAGUGAAAGUAUAUACCUGUGCACCCCACUUCAUCACUCGGUCGGAACUCGUGCAUGCGUGCAAGAGGAAGGGGUACGGAUGCGAGUAUUGGUAUCGGUACGCCGAGUUACCCACGUUGCUAGGUAAGAUUGCCGCGUUUAAAAUCGUACAGGACAAACCCCGACGGAAUCUGGACUUAACGCCACGGAAUACAUAUAUACGGUGUCAGUGGCGGUGACUAAGAUAUCGACGGUCAUACUCGUUCUCUAUAGUCCGAGUAUACCGUCACAUAGUGGUGCUUGUAAUUAAUCUUUCAAGUGUGAAUUAGACUAUAAUUAUUGCAUCCGUGUAUCGUAUUUAGUCGAAAUAUUAUUUAAUAUAAAUUAAAUUAAAAAUCUUUAUAUGCACAACAAAAAGUUUCAUUCGUUUCAAUCACUGAUUUUAUUGAUUCCUGUUUAUGUAUAAUUAAUUAUCCCGUAAUUCACUCGUGUAAUCCAUUUUUAAGAAAAAUUGUUGCUUUUUUUUCGACAAAUUAUUUCGCAGCAAAACUUAUCUUUUUCGCGGUCGACAAUAUCUGUCAACGGUCGCGCCACACAUGACUCAAUGAUUACACAUCAACAUUUCCACAAUCCAUCUAGCUUGUAAAGCGCAUCCGCGGAUACAUCGACACGUGCUUCACUAUAAUCAUUUAUCGUGUUACGGUAACCUAGUUCCGUGAGAGAAUAAUUAUGUGAAUUGAUUUUUUUGAAAGAUACCAACCCUCGCGAAAGAUAUCGCGGUGUGGUUAAAAUUAGUUACAAAGAAUAGUGAUAUAAUUUUUGACUUGGUGAAGUGUUUUCAAACUGAAUUAUGGUGAUCCGAAUUUGGUAUUUUAUCAUCUCGAAAAUGAAAUUAUUUUUGGCCGUAAUAAUGAUUGCAUCCUUAGUGAACGCUUACGAUGUGCCUUGCCCCAAGUACGGAUGUCCAGGACGACCACGUUACGAGCCUUUUGUACCUGCACCUCCAGGGCAUACUCCAAAUUGCGCAAAACCGGGACAAACGUUUUGUGAAAGUCUCGAUCAUUAUCCCCGACAGUUAAUUAAAUUUCUUGUAGACAAAUGUAGUUUUGACUUCAGCUCUGUAUUGCGAGACGAGUCCAGAGAGAAUUUCAAUGUUCACAGGUCGUUUCCGGCGGGCUAUGAUUAUCCAGCGCACGGGGAUGGUCAGUUCCACUCUGCAUUACCGUUUCUACCGCCAUCUCAAUAUCCCGGUCAAGAAACUACGCUUCUUUAUGGAACUCCGUUGAACGACACUCAUGGCUACAAAUACACCACACCGGCUCAAGGGAAUCCGUUUCUCAACAACGAGUCUUUCAAGUAUCAUUCAGAAGGACAAAGAGUUACGACGGAUCAUCCCUUCUAUACUCAAUCUCAACCUUUGAACGCCUUUGGACAGGCGCAAGCAUGGUGGACGAACAGGUAUGUGCGAAACAGUAAACUCGCACCUCGUUCACUAUAUGAAAAUCCUUUAUUGAAAUACAGCAAAUUGAGUAAGAGGCGUAGAAAAAGACAAUCUGAUCCUGAUGCGAUCUCACUUUGUCCAACUGAGACACAAUAUAUCACACCGAGAGCAGCUUUGAAUAAUCAAGGAAACUGGAUGUAUGUAGUAAAUCUUGAAGAUAUGAAUCAGAAAUAUUCACAGGUAGUAAGGAGUGAAAAAUGCACAAUGGAUGUCUGCAAUGGUAUUUGUUCUGUUCCUACGGGAUACACCAGCAGAUGUCAGCAGCAGUAUGUUCAAAAGCGAUUAGUAGCGUUACAAGGAAACGGAAACCAGUUGUAUACGGACAUAUUCUGGUUCCCUCAUGGUUGUUCAUGUGAAAUUAUUGCAAAUUACUGAAAAAUGGACUAACUGAAUCUUGAAAUCGAAAAAAAUUUAAAACAAUUGCAUUUUCAUAUGAAAAUGUAAUAUUACAAAAUCUUCGAGAUGAAGAAAUUAUCUCCUUAAUUUGAGCUUUCAAAGCGGAGAAUCGCCAUGUAGUUAAUUGAUGAAGUGAAGGAUGAGACCCGAAAUAUAUGAAUUUCGAUGUCCUACAUGAAUAAACAACUGAAUAUAUUAAUUAAGAAGAAAAUGUCAAUUUAUAUAAAAAAAAAGAACUUAAAAUAUUAAUUAAUUUUAUACUCUUUUUCUAUUUUUAUUUUUUAAAUUUUAUCUUUAUUAUUUAAUAGCACUAAAAUAAUUCAAACAUUUAUAAAUUCAUAACUUUAGUGAGACACUUCGUACAAGUUUUUCUAUAGUUGGUAAUGUAGAUAAACAUAUAUAAAUUAAUCGAUUACAAUUUCGCAAUUACAAUUUCCAUAAAAAUAAAUUUCAAUAUUAUUUAAAUAUGUAAAAAUCAUGGGAAAAUAAAAACAUAUUUUCACAACUAUUAUCAUAAGAAA